UGCUGGGUGUGUGUAAAAAACGAACAAAUAAGAUACUGUGCCAAAAGAGCUAUUCAAUCUAUUUUUGGAAAACAACCCAAUAACUUAGAAAAACAAAUACCAACAUUUAAGCUCACUUCAACAAUUACAAACUACAUAGCUCUACUCCAGCUAAUUCCAAAGUGGAUGCUUAAAGGUUUAAAUUUGAGCUGCUUUUGUACAAAUGCAGGAAGAAACCACUAGUCGAACCUGACUUAAUGCUGUCGAGAAACGUGCCAAGCCAAUGGCUUUGUGUCUGCCCGAGCUAUGGACAAUAAUACUAAGUGGGCUAAUCAAGCCCACAGCAAGUAAAUAAGCGACCAACGCAACAAAGUCACGGAUUAGUAGUGCAUUGCGAAUACGGAGGGCAGCCGCUGCGCUUACUUCUACAAACAACAAAAACCUGUGCAAAAUUUUAGAGCAAUAAAACCAAAAUCAUUAUCGUAAAGCAGCAGACGAAAGAGGACAAAAUGGAGACCAUCAUGUCGACACUGCCCACCUUGACGACAGAGGAGGGCAGCCUCUGGAUAACCAGCGCCCUCACCGAAGUCCUCGUGAACAGGAGCACCACCAGCGCCCAGAAUGUGACAGUUGUGGAUGCCACGACGACGGCAGCAACAACGUCAACAGCAGCGGCCAACGCCGGAAGUGCAGCCAAGGUGCACGACAAGCAUGCCGUGAAUGACAGUGUGACAGGAUGAAUGCCUAAUUACUUUCUGUUUAUUUACAGCGCCUACCCGGGUUAUAUACACUAUCGUGACAAAUACGAUUUGUCCUACAUAGCCAAAGUGAAUCCUUUCUGGCUGCAGUUCGAGCCUCCACGCACCAGCACCUUCUACAUGAUGGCGGCCCUGUACUGCCUCAUAUCAGUUGUUGGAUGCAUUGGCAACGCAUUUGUCAUCUUCAUGUUCGGCAGCCGCAAAUCGUUGCGCACGCCGGCCAACAUACUCGUUAUGAAUCUGGCUAUAUGCGAUUUUUUGAUGCUCGUCAAGUGCCCCAUAGCAAUUUAUAAUAACAUCAAGGAAGGGCCGGCCUUGGGUGAUGCAGCUUGUCGGAUCUAUGGCUUUGUGGGCGGUCUGAGCGGAACUUCUGCUAUUGGUACACUCACGGCCAUCGCUCUGGAUCGCUACAAUGUCGUCGUGCAUCCGUUGCAGCCGCUGCGGCGCUACUCCCGCCUGCGCUCUUAUGUGAUCAUCUUUUUUAUUUGGUGUUACAGCUUUACGUUCUCCGUCAUGCCGGCUUUGGAUAUCGGCUUGUCGGUCUAUGUGCCCGAAGGCUUUCUCACCACCUGUAGCUUUGAUUAUCUCAAUAAGGAGACUCCAGCACGAAUUUUUAUGGCUCUUUUCUUCGUGGCUGCCUAUUGCGUUCCGCUCUGUGCCAUCGUGUACUCCUACUUCUACAUUCUCAAGGUGGUGUUUUUAGGGAAUCGGAUUCAGUCGAACAAGGAUAAGGUGAAAACGGAGCAAAAGCUGACGUUUAUAGUUGCAGCAAUUAUAGGACUGUGGUUUCUUGCCUGGUCCCCCUAUGCCAUUGUGGCCAUGAUGGGUGUCUUUGGCUUGGAACAGCAUAUCACGCCACUGGGCUCUAUGAUACCGGCGCUCUUCUGCAAAACGGCGGCCUGCGUGGAUCCCUACCUGUACGCGGCUACGCAUCCCAGGUUUCGGGUAGAAGUUCGAAUGCUCAUUUAUGGACGAGGGGCGCUAAGACGUGUGUCCACAACACGUUCAUCGUAUGUGACUCGCUCCUCCUUCACGCGACGCAUGCGCACCUCGACCACUGAAGGCGAUUAUCGUGCCGAGCCUUACACGUUAAACAAUAAUCUAAUGAUGGUGCCAGAGGAAACGGAGGAGAACGAAGAGAUAGUUGUAGUGGCAGAGAUCAACAAUUCCACGUGCACAGCCAUGGAGCAAAGCAAAUUUUAG